UAGGAAAAGAACGUAGAGAGAGAGCUAGUCGGAGAGAAAAAAAAGGGAGAAAGGGAAGCAUCGCGAAAAUUAGGACAUGCAGUAUUGACUAAAGCAAGGAGAGGACCAGCUUUUUUUUUGUGUUUGUUUGUUUUCCGCUGAAGUUUAUGAUGAAAGUGCAAAAUGGAUGAGUUCCACCCGUUCAUCGAAGCGCUCCUGCCACACGUGCGCGCCUUCUCCUACACCUGGUUUAACCUGCAGGCACGCAAGCGCAAGUACUUUAAGAAGCACGAGAAGCGCAUGUCCAAGGACGAGGAGCGCGCCGUGAAGGACGAGCUGCUGGGCGAGAAGCCUGAGAUCAAGCAGAAGUGGGCAUCGCGCCUCCUCGCCAAGCUGCGCAAGGACAUCCGGCCCGAGUUUCGUGAAGACUUCGUGCUCAGCGUGACGGGCAAGAAGCCGCCGUGCUGCGUGCUCUCCAACCCGGACCAGAAGGGCAAGAUGAGGCGCAUCGACUGCCUGAGGCAAGCCGACAAGGUGUGGAGGCUCGACCUGGUCAUGGUGAUCCUGUUUAAAGGCAGCCCGCUGGAGAGCACAGACGGAGAGCGGCUUGUCAAAUCGCCACAGUGCUCCAACCACAGCCUGUGCGUGCAGCCGCACCACAUCGGCGUCUCGGUCAAGGAACUCGACCUCUACCUGGCCUACUUCGUCCACUCGCCAGAAUCAGGACAAUCAGACAGUUCCAGUCAACAGGCAGACUCAGACAUCAAACCCCCACCGAACGGGCAUUUAAGCUUCCAGGACUGCUUCGUCACAUCUGGGGUUUGGAACGCGGCCGAGCUCGUACGAGUUUCACAGACUCCUGUUGCAUCGGCUUCAGGUCCUAACUUUUCAUUGGCUGACCUGGAAAACCCCGGCUACUACAACAUCAACCAAGUAGCGUUGGGCCGACGCUCACUGACCUCACCGCCGUCCACCAGGGCUGAGGUGGAGUUGUACGCGAGUCUUCCUCGGAGCUCUACAAAGCGUAAGUCUAUAGAUGACAGUGAGAUGGACAGCCCAGUGGACGAUGUCUUCUACCCCACACGCUCGCCUGCUGGAACCAGUUCACAGUCCAGUGGCUGGCCCAAUGAUGUGGAUGCAGUGCAGCACCACUUGGCCAGCGUUCAGGAGAGGAAGAUAAAACAUGAAAAUGAUGGCGUGCAGUUCCCAUAUCAUGGGCUGUCCUCUCCCGGGUCUUUAAAGAAGCCGUCGGGGAAAUUCGAUUUCGGCGCCCUGUCGGCUCAGACGAGGUCCCCCCGCAUGGCCUUCACACACCACCCACUGCCCAUGCUGGCGGGAGUGAGACCAGGAAGUCCACGUGCCUCAGCCUCGGCUCUCCAUUUCCCGUCUCCCUCCAUCAUCCAGCAGUCCAGCCCGUACUUCACCCACCCCACCAUCCGCUACCACCAUCACCAGGAUCCGCUCAAGGAGUUCGUCCAGUUCGUCUGCUCGGACGGCACGGCCCAGCCCGGUGCUCAGCAUACUCCUCGCCAAGCUCCACAACUCCCAACAGGUUUGUCGGCAUCGGAGCACGGGACAACUUUCUAAACAUCCCACAGCAGACACAGUCUUGGUUUCUUUGACAAGAUCUGUCUGAAACACACAGAUUACAAAGUCUGUAGCUGAGACAAGAAACACAAAGCUAAGUAUGGACUGCUAUUAGCUAAUCACUCACACAUACACCCCGUCCCUAAUCAACUCAGACCUGCAAACCUUCACCAUGAGCCCUCGAACCAGGAAUCAGGAAAACUUCCACACAAGUCUUCAAAACUGCACGAUUCUGCAAAUCUGACACUGGUGAGAAAAGAGAAACCAGGAAAACAGCAACACACACAAAAAAAAAUCAGGAGUGGAAAACAGAUGUGAUUCCAUUCUGGAUGAAGAAGAGAUUUCAUCAUAAGUAAUCUUUGUAAUGAUAUGAAGGUGACCCGAGUAUUGACCAAUAGUUCCAGCCGUUGUUUUAUUCUUUUUUUUUGCAUCGUUUACCGAUCAUCAUACAGUGGGGCCAAACCAUUCUGCUUUCACUCCAUCACAGGUUAUUGAAACGAAACCAUUUCAGAUAAUCUGCAUCUAGUGCAAAUAAAGCAUAGUGUGACAUCGGGGAUUGACUCACCCACAUCAAGCUACACUUGGUUCUCAAGCCUGUCUCAAGCAUCUAAUCAGACGAAACUACAAAUGUCUCCCCAGCACCCUCCACUUUAGAUCGGACCAGUAUGAUAAUUAACAUGAUCGUAUCGUGUGUGUCUCAAACGCUGUAAUAUUAAUAGCUAUUUGCAGUAAUUUGACCUUAAUCUGUAUGUUCCAGGUUUAUUGAUUGGCCUCAACAAUCAAAGGAGAAAAAAACACACAAAGAACUUUAGCAGUUAGUCAUAGCAUUGGCACAACCAAAAACUCAAACAGAAACAGCAUCUUGUCCUCAUGUUGAGACAUAACCUCAAAAAUAUUUCCCUCGUUCCAUGCAAAACACAAUAAGUCAAAGUUUGGAAUACUGAUUAAUACAUAUUUCAAACUCAUUCCCAUAUUUCUUUAUUAUUUUGAUUAUGUAAAGCUGCUUUGCGACAAUACGCAUUAUUAAAAGCGCUAUACAAAUUAAAAUGAAUUGAAAUUGAACACAGAAACAAUAUUAUCACUGGGGUGAUUUGUCACUACCUAACAAGCAUAUAGUCACAAAGUUUAAUCAAAACAUUGUUUCCUGUAUAAAGAACAAAAAACCUGUUAUCAGCGUUGGUAGGGUGCAGGCAAGGCAUAUGUGCAGACGUGAAGGCAUUCAUUAAGAAAAACCACAAACAAAACUAGAACAUGAUGGUGACGACAGUAACGACAGCAAACGAACAGAUGUGAGACAUCGAUAAGUCCAAACACAGGCCUGCUUAUACACACACACUAAUCAGAUUAACUAGAUUCAGGUGCCAGUAAACGAGAUGACACUACUAGUAAAAAAGCAUACUGACAUGAAGUCAAGAUUAAAGUCCUAGCACAAAGCACAAGAGGCAAGAGAAUCACAAAACACACUAACUCAAGGUUUUAUCCCUGACACGUGCUUUCUCUGAGACACAAGAUGCCUGUUGCAGCAUUUUUUUUAAAGAGGAAAACACUAUCCAUCCACUUUCACAUACGUUCUAUAAACUUACAGAUGCCUGCCAUUGACUAGAGUCUCUAUGACUGACAGAAGGUUGUCCUGGCAUGCAAUCUCUCUCUCACCCAGCGAUCAUGGCUAAUCUUUUGACCCCUCAGCCAUGGAUGGCUGUCACGAUAUCAGAAUUCACGCGUGGAAUGGACACUAUUACUCAGAGCGUACUCAUUUUAUGUGAACGAAGACAUUGAGCAGAAAAAGCAUACUGCAUCAGUCAGGCAUCGGUUCGGCAUGUUGCGUUACAUUGCAUCAGUUAGGCGCCUUGCUGUCUUGCUGACUUUACCAAGCCAGGUGUGGUUAGACCAAAUGCGUGUUAAACUGGCCUGGUCGAAAAAAUAAAAUAAAAUAAGAUAAAAAGCUAACAUGCUUUACACGCGAACGAGGGGAAAAAAAAAACCUGACCACUAAUGAGCAUCAGAGCUAGCGAGUGAACAGGAUACAUCAGAACAAAAAUAUGACAUUCUCGUCUUUGGGGACGUUUCUAUUUGUACGCUACCGCAAAAUAUGUCUUUUUUAUAUUUUUCAGACACUGUGUCGGGACAGCGCUUCUCCCCACACACUUGUGUUUGGGACACACCCAAAGUUGAAAAAAUGAAAAAUGUAAAUCCUAAAACUAAAAAGUGUCACCAUCGAGUGAGGGAUGCUUGGGGAGUUUGUAGGCCAUUACGUACAGCAGUUAAUGACACUAAUAAACAGUUUUCCUUAGCAAUAAACCGAAGACAGUGACGCAUUCAUGAAUAUGGUGUUGUAAAGUCGUUAUAAAUGCACAAUUCAGCUUUUAUUACUAACCAUCAUGCAGGAGAAAAAACAAACAAACAAACAAAAGACAUUUUCACCACUUCCAGCAGUAACUGUUUCUCUGCAGGGAGUUCAGUGUCUCAGUUUCAGUGCAACCACACAACCCUGUAGAAAUGUUAGAAAUAGAAAAAACAUUUUUAUUUUUGCUUUUCUCUCUCUCUCUCUCUCUCUCUCUUUCUGCUGAAAGUGAGAUUUGGUUUGGGUUUGCAGUAGCUUGUUUUAACUGGUUUUAAUUUUGUGUCAUCUGGGAUUUUUUUUUCAUUUACAGAAUUAACUGCAUGAGAGUUUCGCUUCUUUCAGGUUUGCUUUUACAACCUGGUCACAGUAACGUGUACGAUUUCUACAGUGACACUCGUGAAAUAUUUUCCUUCGGCUUCCUUAUCAAUACCACAGUACCUCCCUUUCCCGAUCGCAUGUCCGAUCCCUCUUAUUGUCUUAUCAUUAUCAUUCUACUUCCUGUCAGGAGUGGCUUUUCAUAUUACUGACAUCACUUCCUCCGAGCAUGCUCUCAUUUUUCCACUACAGGUUCGUCAUUACAGACCGCUCACAUCCGGAUCACAAACACGAAACAUUGCACUAUGAUUUAUAAAUCCCUUAAAAGAAUCCCUCUUUGAAAAAAAGCCUUCCGGUCACCGAUCUUAUGAGUUACACUCUUCAUUCUUGAAUGUGAAUAAACGAACAAACUGGUAACAGAGUUACACUGUGUAUUUCUGACAUCACAAAAUAACUGGACUGCCCGGCUGUCAAUCGCAUGUCAGGGAUUCAUAUUCACCUCGUUAGCCCCGCCCACCCCCUUCUCCCUCCCUGACGAUUCCAAUUUGUGCAGAGAAAGUGCCUCCCUUUCCUUUUUUUUAUGCAACCGAAUGCCAUCGAAUUCAGGGUCUGUGUCUAUUUCAUGUAUAAGCUACAGAAAUUAAUGUACAAUAUGUAUCAUGGCUUAACAAGACUGGAAACAUCGCCUUUAUAAAUAUAUAUUAUCCAGACAUUUAAAAAAAAUAAUAAUAACAAUCAUACUCGUACGUGCUGUGUAUAUAUAUGGAAAUAUGUAUAGUAGCUCUUCUUUGGAAUAUGGCAGUCUAGUUAUUUUUUGACUUUUCACCCCUUGUUCAUGUCAGUUGUCUUCCAGGAAACUUAUAAAACAAUAUCGAUGUUUUAUCACCUAUCGUUCAUACAUGGUACAGGACUGAUUAAAAAAUAUAUAUAUAUUUAAAUAUCAGUGUUAGUGUUUAAAGGGGGAAAACAGAGUAAGGUGUUUGUGGGCUGAGGGGACAAACCUGUGAGUCUAUACGAGAAUUGUACACACACACACACACACACACAAGUCCACUCGUCCUGGACUCUAAACUCAAGGGCCAUGAACAGCACCCCAAUCUUUAUAAAAUGUUGGGCGUUUCUUGUUCUUUUCCCCAUAGUUAACCUUUUAUCAUGUUUAAUAUUGUAAUCAUAAUCUUUUUUUUCUUUUCUUUUUAAACUAUUAUUAAGGAGGGUGGAAUGAUGAACAAUCUUACAAAACUGUGUAUUACAGUACGAUCCCGCUUGUUCACGCAGGGUCAGUCUAUUAUUGUAAAGAAUAUUACUUUCUCUCCAGACACGUUUGAAAAAAAAAAAUGUGUCAGUUCUCGUCUUUGGUGUGCUCACUGGGGGGUGGGGGGCGGGGUUUGUAGGGUUUUUUUUUUAGUCAGUUGUGACAAAAGGCAUUUUAUUUCAACCUUUAAGAAGAUCAUAUUUAAUUCCGUAAACCUGAUCUACAGAGUUGGUUCAAUUUAGAGAUCGCUUUUUUAAUUUUAAAUUUUAUUUUUAAACCCAGAAUUUCAUAAAGGUUUCACCUGUAAAUUAAAGAACUGCGAAUCAGCAGCAAGUGUUUUUGCCUUUGUGAUGAUUUGAACAAUGUCGUAACGAGUAUUUGUAGAAGUUCUUGUAGUUUUUAGACAAUGUGAAGACGGGUUCAAGGAA